AUGGGAAGUAUUUGUAAAUUUGCUUAAAACGAUUAAGAGAAUAUGAGUUAAACAUUCGACAAAGUUUAAGGCAAAAAUAUACCAAAUAAAUAAUAAUUCCUCGAAAAAUAUUCUUAUAAUCUUUAAGAAAAUGGGGAUAAAUUUGAAGAAGACUUCUUCUAAAGGAGUUUUCAUUUUGAAUUACGUGAUUAAAAUUAAUAAAUUGGUGAAGUGAUCUCUGAAAAUUUAAGUAUUUAAGGUUUUAGUGAGAAUAACUCUAUAGAGAUAACCUAUACUUCAAAUACUGAAUCAGCAAAAGAGACCUAAUCUCUAGUUUUCUGUAAGCAUUAUUGUAUUUAUAAACAAAACCAGUAAUAAAAAUUGUAGUUAAGGAAUAAAAAAUCAAAUUUUUCUAAUUCUCCAUUGAAAACUAUAUUAAAAAUGCCUUUGUCGUAUUAAAGGAUUAAUAUGCAUUGUAAUGAAAUAUAGAAUUUGAAAUAAAAGAAGGUGAGAUUCAAAUCGUCUGAUAAAAUGUCAAACUCCUCUGGUAAAGGAAGACCUCGAAGAUAAAUGUAAAUUAUGAUUAAGAGUUUAAAGAAUCAAUAUACUUGA